AUGAAUAAAAACAUCUGGAAUGUGCUUUUAAUAAUUCUAGUUAUAAAUUUCUUACUGACCAUGGGUGGAACGACGGCCCAAAAGAACAACGGGAAGAAUGGACCAGAGAACAACGAAAACAAAGGACACAGCUGUUGUGGGAAAAAAGGCUCAACGGGGAACUCCAAGGAGAAAAAAAACGAUGACAAGAAUUCAGCGGAUGACAGGAAUUCAGCGGAUGACAAGAAUUCAGAGGAUGAUAAAAAUUCAAGGGAUAAUGCAGAGUGCACACCUUCAUUACAUGUAAAAUGUGCCCAUAACUGCUGCAAAAAAAAACUGGCCUUUAUUUAUGACUGCUGGGACAAUUUCAAAUUGUAUAGGAAUAUAAUUCAGCAGCACAUGAAGGGUCAGCAGGAAAAUAACUUCCAACUGCAUGGAGCUGCCCAUGAAAAUGGCGGCGAUGAUGGAGGUGGAAGUAUCACAGGCCACAGCAUGGCCAUGCCAAUGCCCAUGACAUUUCAACUUUCCACGCACACGAUUAUUUUGUUUAAAUUCUGGGAAACCAAAACGGAAACGUCCUACUACAUCUCCCUUGCCAUAUGCCUCCUUUUCGGCGUAUUCUCAGUCCUACUGAAGCUGCUCCGACUGCACGCCGAACAGGCCCUGCCGCAAACCAAAGACACAAACGUAAUGACGAGUGUAAUUCUUUUUAAAAACAAUUUAGCCAGAUCUGUGCUGUCAUUUAUCAUUUAUUCAUGGGACUACUUAUUAAUGCUAAUCGUUAUGACUUUCAAUGUGGGCUUAUUCGUCGCCGUUGUGGCUGGCCUAUCGAUUGGUUUCUUCCUAUUUGGACAUAAGUUUGUCACGUGUGGGAAAAGCUCCACCGAUGGGUUGGACGUCCACAAGGAAUUUCAUGGAGACCCCGCCUGCUGCGGGUGUUGA